AUGAAUGGAAUCAGACGACGACAUGUGCAAACCAAUAGCAAACUGGAGCAGUCAAAAGGUGAUCCACUACAGCUCUCAGUGUUUGAUUAUUUGGGAGACAAGAGCUUGGAGAAACCAAAACCGUCUUAUAUCUUCACUCACGCAGCAACAGGGUUCCCUAAGUCUGGCAAGCGAGUGGUUUCUCCAGACAAGGAUGAAGAGUAUGCUAGCGUACAAGUUGGUGAAGAUGCUUACUUUCGUAGAUACGAUUCAUUAGGAGUCGCAGAUGGUGUUGGAGGUUGGACUGGCACUACAGGUGCUAAUCCUGCGUUGUAUUCUCGUAAACUCAUGCACUAUGCGUAUUUGGAGCUGGAGAGAUUUGACAACAUAGAUGAUCCUUCGUUUUACGACUACGACAAAGCAGAUCCAGUAGAGGUUUUACAGACGAGCUAUGAACACUGUUUGGAAGACGCCGAAAAAGAGGGUAUUGUGGGAUCUUCAACGGCCUGUGUAGUGAUAUUGAGGAAUAAUGAACUGCGAAUCGCCAACAUUGGAGACUGCGGAGUAUCCAUAAUAAGACAUAACGAUUACAUCUUUCGAACCGAAGAGCAACAACAUUCGUUUAAUUUUCCUGUCCAGUUAGGAACUGGAUCAUCCGACAGUCCGUCGGAUGCUCAGCGGUUCUCCGUUACGGUGGAGAAAGGAGACAUAGUGAUUUUGGCAUCAGACGGUCUGUUCGACAACUUAUAUGAUGAGGACAUAUUGGACAUUGCUCCACGCAUUGUGAACUUGGAGCCGCAGACCAUCUCAGAUGCGCUAGCAAAACGAGCCAAAUCAAUCAGUGAAGAUUCUCGAAAUGUGAAUAGUCCAUUUCAGAGCCGUGCUAUCCAAGAAGGUCUCUAUUACCAGGGCGGCAAGGCAGAUGAUAUUAGUGUCCUGGUUGCUAUAGUCAAAGAUAGUGAGGAUUCACCAGAUAGGAGGUUGUAA